AAUCACACUUGGGCUCGUGGUAGACGUCGGAAGAUUGCGGCAGAGACUGACCUGACCCUUGUUAUCAGUCGCAGACGAUAAGAAGUUAUUCGAAGAGUUUGUCAGUGGUAAGAAUUUCCUAGGUCCAUACGGAAGAAGUUAGCGGUGUUAAGUGUGAGGAAGAUUUAUCGGUAAACAACACAGGUACGAGAUGACCACCAGCACAAACCUCAACUAUGUAGUUCACUCAGCAAUUUUCCUUUCACUAUUCAGUUUGGGUCUCACCAUCGAGUGCUUCCAGUGCAACUCGGUGGAGCAUCCUGGAUGUGAGGACCUGAAGGUGAACGACACAAAGAGCCAGUAUUACAAAAAAUGCGAUGGGGACUACCAGAAGCAGGAGCCGUUUUGUAGGAAAGUAGAAACGGAAAUCAUGAACGUGGAGGACAGCGCCAGGAUCUACAGGAGCUGCGGAUGGAUCCGAACUGGGAACUUCACGAUGAAGGACUUUUGCCGAAAAGCUGACACGGAUUUCAUCAAGAAGAGGCAGUGUCAGUGCUACUCAAACGCUUGCAACGUUUCCGACAGAAUCACGCCUUCUUCGGCGUCAGUUAUUAUCUUGGCAAUUCUUCUAAAUGUAUUUCGACAAUUAGGCCUUAUUUAGUUUGUAAAUAAAUAGAAAAGACCGGUUACAAAUUUGUAGGUAGGUAAUUGAAGCUGAAUAAGUACGAGAAGCUAAACUAAACUUGUAAACCAAAUCAGUGAGAUAUCUACCAUAUUUUUUAAUUUGCAGAGAAAUUGAUGCUGACAAUGGUGUAAUAAAAUGUUAUAUUUUUAGA